GCACUGAGGCUCCCAGUUCUCGAGUUGUUCGGACGACCACUGUCCCUCAUGGCACUAAUUCAUGAACCUCGUGCCCCUUCACCCUCUCUCUCCGGCUUCAACUCACCCCUGUCUGAUCCCCCAUCCUUUCGGCGGCUCGAUGCCGAAACACCCUGCACCCCAGAAAUGGACUUGACCCCGACCCAAUGCGUCCUUCGCAACGUCCUUUCCAUAGAUACCGGGGGCGCCGUUGAGCCUGGGGGUGGAGGAGGAGAAGGGCAGACUACUGGGCAAAACCAGACACCGAGCGAGGAACAACAAGAACACUUUGCCAACAGUGUCCUGAAGCUCCACGAUCAUGAUGGGUGUCCUGGAAGGACGGAGGGAGAGGGGCAGGAGAUGGACAGCAGCGCGGUCAGGAGCCAGGCGGACGCUGCCAGGCUACAGUGCCAGUCUAACGGAGGGGGAGGAGGGUUUCUGGAGGGGUUGUUUGGGUGUCUGCGGCCUGUCUGGACAAUGAUUGGCAAAGCCUACUCCACAGAGCACAAACACAACCUGGAUGAGGCAUGGGAAGUCCCGUUUGAGGAGAUAUCGGACCUGCAGUGGGUGGGCAGUGGAGCCCAGGGUGCCGUCUUUCUUGGAAAACUGCACGGACAGGAAGUGGCUGUGAAGAAAGUGCGGAACAUCAAGGAGACAGACAUCAAGCACCUGCGCAAGCUCAAACACCCCAACAUCAUCACUUUCAAAGGUAUCUGUACCCAGGCUCCAUGUUACUGCAUCCUCAUGGAGUACUGCGCCCAAGGACAGCUAUAUGAGGUACUGAGAGCAGGCAGGAAGAUCACUCCAUCACUUCUGAUGGACUGGGCCAUGGGUAUCGCUGGUGGCAUGAACUAUCUUCACCUCCACAAGAUCAUCCAUAGAGACCUCAAGUCACCAAACAUGCUCAUCACCUAUGAUGAUGCAGUGAAGAUCUCUGAUUUUGGUACAUCCAAGGAGCUCAGUGACAAGAGUACCAAGAUGUCCUUUGCCGGUACGGUGGCCUGGAUGGCUCCUGAGGUCAUACGCAAUGAGCCUGUCUCAGAGAAGGUGGAUAUUUGGUCAUUUGGCGUCGUGCUGUGGGAGAUGCUGACAGGAGAGGUGCCCUAUAAGGAUGUGGAUUCCUCUGCUAUCAUCUGGGGAGUGGGCAACAACAGUCUGCAGCUGCCUGUACCUGAUAGCUGCCCCGACAGCUUCAAACUGCUCCUGAGGCAAUGCUGGAAUUGCAAGCCAAGAAACCGGCCUUCAUUCAGACAGAUUCUCCUCCAUCUGGACAUCGCCUCAGCGGACAUCUUAUCAACACCACAAGAAACGUACUUCCAAUCCCAGGCGGAGUGGAGGGACGAGGUCAGGCACCACUUUGAGAAGAUUAAGUCAGAGGGGACGUGUAUUCACAGGCUGGAUGAGGAGCUGAUCAAACGACGCAGAGAAGAACUGAGACAUGCACUGGACAUCCGGGAGCACUACGAGAGGAAACUGGAGAGAGCCAAUAAUCUGUACAUGGAGCUCAACGCUAUCAUGCUGCAGCUGGAGAUCAAAGAGAGAGAACUGCUCAAGAGGGAGCAGUCGCUGGACAAAAAGUACCCAAGCCUCUUCAAGCACCACAGUUCCAGACAAUCAGCCUCCUCCAACUCCAUGGAGAAACUCAUGAAGAAACGAAACGUACCUCAAAAACUGCCCUCCCACAGUAAGAGGCCAGACUUACUUAAGUCAGAGGUGAUCCUUCCCAAAUUGGACUCAUCCAUGACCCAGGUCACGAUACCCAACAAGGGCUCUACCUCCCCUGGCCGCUCACGCAGGGGAAAACCCCGCUACAGGAAAGCUGGCAAAGGCAGCACUGGGGACUUGGCUCAGCUGAAAGCCACCCUUUCCUCUUCUUUAGCAAUGAUUAACGCCACCUCAUCUGUUCCCAGCAGCAAGCAGCAUCUAGACCCCAGUGCAGCCCUCAGGGGUCUACAGCAUGACCUCCUGCUGAAAAAGAUGUCCUCUUCCAGCCCUGAUCUCAUUUCAACCACCUUGGAGGCUGAAGGCAGGAGGAAGGGCCAGGUAAGGCCGGGGCUGGACAGAGCAGGCAGUCAGAGUGCCUCAGCUGGGCUGGGGGAGAGUAGAAGGACUGGAGGGCCCGAAGAGGUCCCAGACGUGGGUGUAGGGCCUGAUGACCAAGCAGAAACACCUCCACGCAGUGACACGCCCAGCGAAGAUGCAGCAUCUAUUCCGUUCUCCAGUAGCCCCGACUCACCGUGUGGUCGGGGAGCGGCUGCAGGGAGGACGUCUGUUCUUGGGAACCCCCGUAUUCCUCAUGAUGGUGAGGAGAAGGAGGAUGGGACAGUGAUCACACGCUCACCCAGAAGUCAACGCCUCACUCCUGCAGCACUGCUCUACAGAGCAGCAGUCACACGCAGUCAGAGACGUGGAGUGUCAUCAGAAGAAGAAGAAGGAGAAGUGGACAGUGAAGUGGAGUUGCCAAGAAGACGGCGUCCUGUGAGCAUGUCCAAAUGUCAGUCCCUGUCAACCUUCAGCUCUGAGAACUUGUCCGUCUCCGAUGGCGAGGAGGGAAACACCACUGACCACUCCCACAGUGGCACACCCGAUGUGGUCAGCACCAACACUGAUGAGCGUCUGGAUGACAAGAGCGACGACCUGCUAUCUCAGGGCUCCGAGAUUCCCGCUGACCCAUCUGACCCAACCCAGCUGGGCUCUGAUGGCUUGUCUGAGAAGGAGGCUGCUCUGCGACAAGUCAAGACCCAGCUCUGUAGUAAUGACCGUAAUUAUGAGGGCCUGUAUGAUGACUCUGAUUGUGACAGCACUGAGCUGGACCAUUCAGGCAGUGCGGAGCCCAGCCAACCUCCAACCAACUGGUGA